UAGAAUAUCUAACGGUGAUUGGUUGAUUUGCUUACGAUCUGACGAUUACGACUAAAAUUUUUUCACGUGCAAUGGCCUUGAGCUUCUCUGCUAACAAUAUGGCGGCCACGUAGUGCUCAGUAGCGCCACAAUAACGAAGAGGGCUACAUGUGAUAUGUGAUAUUUUAGUGUAUACUUUAAUUACAUAUAAAGUUUUAUUUUGUUUAUAUUUUAUAAAGUAUUAUUCAAUAUGAGGUCAGGUUAGAUCUCCAAGUGUCUCCAAGAACAACGAUCUGUUCGACUUCGAAGAGAAUUUGUCCCAGACAUCCGACAAUUAAUCCCAGUCCUACUCCAACGACGAGCAGUACGGGGGCACAAGAAGUGAAUAGAGAUGCAAUCCCAGACAGACACGCGGGUCUACAACAUUGAGUACGAUCACGGACCGCUCAAGGAUAUCAAGGAGGAGGAGAUCACGGAUUUCCAGGCUAGCAGUAGCAGGAUACACAAUUUAGGCAGUCAUAAGGAUUCUAUGGGCAGCGCUGGAAGUAUGCGGAGCAAUACUUCCGGCAGCACACCGGAUUACGAUAUCUUCGAGAAGAAGCAUUUCAACAAAUCCCGACACAUGGAUCUUGACGCCGCGUCCUUGACCUCACUGCAGGAGUUCGAGCACUUGGAAAGUACGGUGGCAGCCGAGAACUCGCGAAGAUUUCAGCGCGGCUCGCAUGAUUGCGUCAACAACAGCGGUUUUCCGAGGAGAUACACGACCGGACACUCGGGCCACGGCGACGACACCUCGUUAAAGGACUUCGAGGGUCUUGAGAAAGCCUGCCGGGAGACUCGUCUGAUGGAGCUGCGAGCCCGCGAAGAGCAGGAACUGCUGGAAUACGAGAGUCCGGAGGACAAGUAUAGAGCGGAGAAUCUGCCGCAUUCGAGGACUAGUAGUGCGUCCAGUUCGUUCAAUCUUAGCACUUCCGAAUCGGGCGAUUACGAGAAGAGGAUAAAGGAAAUCGACGAGACAAUAUGGAUCACGCAGUCUAACGUGGAGAAGCUCGAUUGAAGAUCCGACUCUCCCGGGAUGAAGACGAUCUUGGAUUUUCCACCCUUGAGCUCUUAAAAUGCCUUUGUUGGAGUUCAACAGAAUGUUGGAAUGUCCGAGAGAAGUCGCAGGGAAAAGGCGGUCGACAAUCCUGUCAGACGAACAUUUUUGACGGAGACUGACGCGAGGAAUGGGAAAACGAAAACAUCAUCAAGUACAUAGGAUAAUUCUCGUAGAUAGUGGAUUAUAAGGAAGAACUUUUGCCAUAACUUUAUAAAUAUAUUUUUGAAUAACACGAGAAGCUUUUUGCGAAGAAAACAAUAUUAAAUAUUAUAUAUAAUGUACUAAAGCGGUAUUCACGUUCAGCAACGGGUUUACAAAUGUCCAUUACCUGUAUCCAUUUACAAAGAUUGCAGUUUUUAAAGAUAUUUAAAGCACAUUUGAAAGAUAGAAAGAAAGGUUGCGAAUUAAGUGUGAUAUGAAAAAAAUUAUAUUUGAUUAUAUAUUUAUGUAAAAAAAAGAACAAUUGUAACUUUUAUAUAUA